AUGGUUUUCUUCUUCCAGGGAUGGGUUACCUUUGAGGAAGUGUCCUUGCACUUCACCCAGGAGGAACGGGCUCAGCUGGAUCCAGACCAGAGAGCUCUGUACAAGGAGAUCGUGCAGGAGAUUAAUGAGAUGGCGAUUUAUGCUCACUCGUAUUGCAGGGACAAACCUCAUAAAUGCUUGGAGUGUGGAAAGAGCUUCAGUCAGAGUGGCACCCUUACUUCACAUCAAAGAUGUCACACAGGGGACAAACCUUAUAAAUGCUUCAAGUGUGGAAAGAGUUUCAGUGACAAGAGCACCCUUAGUAAACAUGAAAGAAUUCACACAGGGGACAAACCUUAUAAAUGCUUCGAGUGUGAAAAGAGCUUCAGUCAGGAUAGCAACCUUACUUUGCAUCAAAGAACUCACACAGGGGACAGACCUUAUAAAUGCUUCGAGUGUGGAAAGAGCUUUAGUCAGAGUGGCCACCUUAUAUUGCAUCAAAGAAGCCACACAGGGGACAAACCUUAUAAAUGCUUUGAGUGUGGAAAGAGUUUCAGUGACAGUAGCACCCUUGCUUCGCAUCAAAGAUGUCACACAGGGGACAGACCUUAUAAAUGCUUCGAGUGUGGAAAGAGCUUUAGUCAGAGUAGCGCCCUUACUUCGCAUCAAAGAAGUCACACAGGUGACAAACCUCAUAAAUGCUUGGAGUGUGGAAAGAGCUUCAGUCAGAGUGGCAACCUUACUUUGCAUCACAGAACUCAUACAGGGGACAAACCUUAUAAAUGCUUGGAGUGUGGAAAGACAUUCAGUCGGAGUGGCCACCUUAUUUCGCAUCACAGAACUCAUACAGGGGACAAACCUUAUACGUGCUUGGAAUGUGGAAAGAGCUUCAGUUGGAGUGGCCACCUUACUUUGCAUCACAGAACUCAUACAGGGGACAAACCUUAUAAAUGCUUGGAGUGUGGAAAGAGCUUCAGUCAGAGUAGCCACCUUACUUUGCAUCACAGAACUCACACAGGGGACAAACCUUGUAAAUGCUUGGAGUGUGGAAAGAGCUUCAGUCAGAGUAGCCACCUUACUUUGCAUCACAGAACUCAUACAGGGGACAAACCUUAUAAAUGCUUGGAGUGUGGAAAGAGCUUCAGUCAGAGUGGCACCCUUACUUCACAUCAAAGAUGUCACACAGGGGACAAACCUUAUAAAUGCUUCGAGUGUGGAAAGAGUUUCAGUGACAAGAGCACCCUUAGUAAACAUGAAAGAAUUCACACAGGGGACAAACCUUAUUCGGAGUGGCAACCUUACUUUGCAUCACAGAACUCAUACAGGGGACAAACCUUAUACAUGCUUGGAGUGUGGAAAGAGCUUCAG